GGUGGAGAUGAUGAUGGUGGAGAUGAUGAUUAUGGCGGUGAUGACGAUGAUGAUGGAGGUGAUUGUAUUGCAUUGGGAGGUGGUCCUGGAUGUGGUGCAAUGCAAGCUGGUGAUGUUAACUCCCCAGAUGCUGUAAUGAGCUCACCCUGUUCUGAAUGUCCUCUCUUCAUCUCUCGUACUGAUGCCGUUUGCGGAUCGGACGGAGUCACAUACGAUAACCUAUGCGAAUUACGUCAUGCUGCGUGCCAACUGGGAGACCAAUCAAUUCGAGUCGCCAGUGAAGGCAUUUGUGCAGCGAGUCUUGUUCAAGCUGUUGCUCCUUAAUCCAAUCAUCUCUGAUGAACAUGUUUGUGAUUGACGAUCCAAUCUGAGGACACAAAACUGGAGGUACUUGAAAUUCCUUGAAGUUGGAUCUGUAAUGUUGGCGUGAAAACAUUGGCUGAUGACGUUUGAAGGAAACCGAAGCUGUGUAUUUCUUAAUGUUAUAGUAUUUAAUCAUGUUUUAUUGUUAUUUAUGGUAAACUAUACCUCCUUUGUGUAUAUCAUCUAAUGUCAUAUUUUAUAGUAUUCUAAUUUAAGUUCAUUAAUGCAAAUUCGGAUGUCAAGAGUACUUUUCAGCUAUCACGUCUUGUGAUGCGAUACUCAUUUUACAAAUACAUUGCAUACUAUUUGCUGUUUUGUAAAGCGUUCUUCUGUGUGACAUUUCAUGUGAAAUACAUGUACAAUAAUCAAAAUACAUGUGCUUUUAAAUA